CAGCAGGGGGCGGUAACGGGCCACCGGACAACUAAACACCGGAACCAGAGGAAUAAGAAGAAGAAGAAGAAGAAGAAGAAGAAGAAGAAGAAGGAGAAGAUGGCGCUGUGCUGGAUGUAAACAAAGAGGAUUUACUGUUUCUCCGUCUGAAGAAGAAGGUCUAACUUCUGGAAACAUACACACUGAAGCAACAUGGACACUGGAGAUUUGGUUAUGGAGUGUGAGGCUGAGGAGCUGGAGCCAUGGCAACAGGUGGAUGACAGAGUGGAGGAAGACGAGAUGGAUGGAGUGACAGACUCCGAGACUCCGCCCCCCAGGACUCCUUCACCAAUCACAGCUCCAACAGGUACAGCAGGAACUCCUCGGAUAUCCACCACCAUGGCGAAGCCUCACGGAAAGUGUUCUGUUGUUGGCUGUAAAGAUGAACACAGAACACUCCAUCGUGUCCCAGCUGCAGAGGACAGAAAAGCGCCAUGGCUUGAAUUCAUUUUUGAAGGUGAUGUCCCUGCUAAAGUUGGCAAAAAACUGUUGGUGUGUGCUAACCACUUCCAGACUGACUGUUUCUCCAACUUGGGUCAGUACAACGCAGGAUUAGCCGGGAAACUUAUCCUAAAAGAGGGCGCACUUCCAACUUUGCGUGGAAUACCUGCAGACGAGGAACAUGCCAGUGCAUCAUUACAGUUACCAGCUACUAAAGAUAUCGGCUGCCAGACUGAGCCCCCUAAAAGAAGGAAUGUUGGCACGCAACUCUCUUCUAGGACUCUUCGUCCACAUUACAAAAGUGAAGCUGUCCAGACUGCUGUGUCCUGUAAGGACUUUGGCACGUCCACUGAUCCCUUCAUAGCCCCACUGCCUCAUCGAAGGUCAACAGCCAUACAGCGACCGUCCAAGAGACCUCGCCUGGAGGAGGAGGAGGAGGAGGAGGAGGAGGAGGAGGAGGAGGAGGAGCCUCUCCAGGGCAGCUCAAUGAUUACUUCUCCAUGGCCGGACACAACCUAUGACCCUGCAGACUCAGCCUCAGCUUUGACAGAGUCAACAGUCAAGUCAGAUGCUGCCUUCCCUUCCACCCAGGCGAUCAGAAAGUACAUCGUGUAUGAGACCUGUCUGAUGGAGCUGUUUGAGGUGUGUGCUCUGUGCAAGCGUGCAUGCGCUGUAAAAACCCAAAGGCUUGGGACAUUUGUAUCAGUGGAACAGCUGUGCAAGCACUGUGAGUAUUCCAGAAGUUGGAAAAGCCAGCCUCUUGUGGAUAACACACCAGCUGGGAACGUACAACUUUCCGCUGCAGUGUACAUCAGUGGGGCCUCGUUCUUCGAACUUCAAAAGGUGUUCAAGGCAAUGCGUCUGCAGUUGUUUCCGUAUGACACCUUCCGUCAGCAUGCCAGAGUGUUUGUGGAGCCGGCUAUAGUCCACACCUGGAGGACCUGGCAGGAGCUGAUGCUGCAGCAGCUCAGCCAACAGAACAAAGUCACACUCGGUGGGGACAUGAGGGCUCACGCUCCAGGCCACUGUCCAACAUAUGGUAGCUAUACCAUGAUGGACCUCAGCACCAACACUGUUGUUGAUCUCCAGCUGGUCCAGAGCGAUGAGGUUGGUGGAAGCUCAGACAUGGAGAAAGAGGGCCUGAAGAGGAGCCUGGCGCUGUUGGGUGCGCGAGGUGUAACCAUCGAAUGCAUCGUCACCGACCGCCACACGCAAAUUCAGAAGUUCCUGAGGGAGGAAAACAUCCCCCAAUUCUACGAUGUCUGGCACAUGGAGAAAAGACUUUCAAAGAAAAUAGAUAAAAUGGCCAAAAAGAAGGACUGUGAGAAAGUAAAGAGGUGGAUGCCAGCCAUCAGGAACCACGUGUACUGGACCGCUGCGUCAUCCCAAACGGGGCCGGAGAGAGUGGCUAAAUGGACCUCCCUCCUCAACCACGUACGGGACGUUCACACACACGAGGACCCCCUCUUCCCACAAUGCCUCCAUACCAUCCGAAAAACAAGGGACAAGAGGAAGUGGCUCUCAGCAGGAACUCCUGCGUUUGACAGCCUGGAGAAGGAGCUGACCAAAAAGUCUGUCCUGAAGGACAUCGCCAAGCUCAGUCCCCACUACCAGACGUCCUCUUUGGAGGCCUUCCAGAGCGCCAUCCUGCGGUUCGCUCCAAAAAACGUUGUCUAUCCAUAUCUGGGAAUGCUGUGCAGACUCUACCUGGCUGCACUGCAUUAUAACGAGAAUGCUGAUGGAGGACGAGCCCCCACAUCGUCAGGGGAUCCUCUUCCAAAAUCCAGGACGGGAGAGAGCCGAGCCAGACCAGUGAAGACCGAGGCAACAUUUAGGUAUGUAGAUGAUUUGAUGGACAUGAUCAUGGAGAAAGUCUUUGUCGACCCAUCACCGUAUAGAGAUGAGAUUCUGAAGAUAAACAUCCCACCAGACCGGUCUUCCCAGUAAGCCUCCAUAUCUUCCUUGUGCGUCAGGAAACUCCCGUCGGAUCCGAAGUACCACACCUGACAGGAUCACUACCUGUAUCUUGGACCACUGAAGCCCCAGCACCAGCUCACCAAACGUCUAUAAGCUCCAAACCUGUAAGGACUGAGACAAAUGAACAUUGGUAGUCAACAGGUUCUGUGAUGUGUGUGUUCUAGGGUUGGGUACCGAGACCCGGUGCCUUAAGGACCGGUAUCUACCGGACUGAAUAGCAACGCGGAUUUCGGUGUCAUUCAAAA